AUGGGGCCCUGUUCUCUGAUCCAUUCUGCAAGCCCCUCACAACAGCCCUGGCAGCUCAGUAAGCGUUUUGUACCUCUCGUCAAUGUCCCAUUGUAUGAGGAAGGAAACCUCUCUUCUGGAAUUCAGGAUCCACCCAGGAGAAAAGAAUGUAAGAAUCCUUCCAACAGAAGAAUCUCACUUCGGCCAGACAACUUCACAGGUGUGGUACAGAUAACGGAGGUGAUUUUGAAUGGGAUGGUUCUCAUGUGUAUCGUGGCCUCCUACUUUGUCCUGGCCGGAUUCAGCGCCAGCUUUGCCAGUGGCAGCGGCUUUGGGAACAACUAUUAUUCGCCAUUUGAGGGCAGCGAGCUGGAGGAAGUUCGGCGGCUGGACCAGCAGUACACUGUCCUCCGGUCACCCCUGAUAUACAGCGGCGUGGCCGUUUCCCUGGGGCUCGGUGUCCUCACCAUGGGCGUUCUAGUCCAGGGAGCCAAGAGUCUAGCAAAACUGCCUGGGAAAUGGCUUCUCUUGGAGGCCACCUUCAGUCUCCUCGCAGCAGUGGGCUACUGCGUAGGCAUUGGCGUUUACCUCCACGCAGCUCUGCAGAUCAAUUCCACGGACACUUGCAAAAAAAGAGAGCGGCUGUACGCCCGCAGAGGCCUCACUUGGAUGAACUGCCAGCUGGCAGGCACUGACGGAGCAGCGGCCACCUUCGCUUGUCUUUUGGUCAUCAUGUAUGGUGUCAGCGUGGUCCUGGCCCUGCGGAGCUACAGAAAACAGAAGCUCUACAAAGACAGCCAAGAACAGCCCGGGAAUUACAGCGAUGUACCACAAUACCUGUGGUCUGGGACACUCUAAGGCGACUUUCUGGACGCCAAAUGUCAACCCUCCCCCUACUGUUUCUCUCAAAAAGGCAGGUCCUUUAAAAUCAGUUAGACAACUGUGGUUUUCACAUACUUGAUCUCAUAGGGGCUGCCUUUAUUUACUUAACGCAGUUAAGUAAUUGUCUCAUUUUUCCAUUGUAAAAUCCAUCCGUGAUUGCUGACUGACUCAGUGAUAGCUUCAAAGUACAAAGAGCAACAUCAGAAGGGAGGGCACCCUCACUAGAAAGAAAUAGCUCACUAGUCAGGGUAAUUCUUUUUUUUUUUUUUUUUUUUUUCCUCCUGUACUGGGAAUCGAACUCAUGACCUUGUGUUUGCCAGGCAGGCACUGUGCCGCUGAGCUAAAUCCCCAGCCCCGAGCCAGGGUAAUUCUGAAAGGCGAGAACUGCACAUCAAAGGGUGGCAGAUCCAGUGGGAAUCAUACCUGUCCUUCCUAAAGUCAUCAGAAGAAACGCGCCAACUCCCCCUCGCCCCGAUGUGGUCCCAAAGAAUGAUUUUCAAGCAGUUAUUCUUGCUCCCUCCUAAAGGGAAGCCCUCUGCUAUUAGGGAGGCCGCCAAAGCGCACUGCAAGCAGCUGGAGUCCGACCCAGGGAGAGCGGUGCUUUCCGCAGGCCCAGUCCUCCUCAGGACUCCUCCUUCAGGGCCCCGUGGCUAAUGUCUCCUUCCGGCUAUUUCCUGUCAGUAUUUUUCUGGCAAAUCAUUCCGCUGGAAUUCACUUUUCUGAAAUGUUUCACAGCCUUUUUUAAACAUGAGGUUUCCAAACACUGAAAAAAUUUGUAAAAUUAAAUGUGUCGUUCAGCUGAUCUCAAAGAUAAGGCAGUUGGCCUUAUUAGCUUCAGGGCCUUAUUGGCGGCCUUUCCAUCCGCAGUCCCUCUCAGGGCCCCCAGAGCAGGCCUUCAGCAUGGAUGGUGACUUCAUGAGUUAAUCAGUCUCUAGCACUGAACCUUAAAAAUAAAAUUUUCAGUAAUUUAAGUCUUA